UGCGGCUCGCCUGCGGCGCGGGGGAGCGCGCACGCCGCGCCCCGGGCUCCCCGGGGACCCGGCCGGCCUCUCCCUGCACUUCCCGCGGCUGGGCUCCGGGGCGCGGCGGCACAGGUGUAGCCCGCAGCGGCGGGGCGCGCGCGUAGGAGGGUCGAUUCCGCACGGCUGGCUGGAGUUGCCUCGGGGCUCCGGAACUCCGGUGCCUGCCUCGCGGGCAGGCUCGGCGUGUCACUUUGCAAACCGUGGAGGCCAGCGUCUCUGGCUGUCAGCGAGAGGCACGCGGGGACUGAACCCGGUCUAUUGACGGCGGCCGCCCGGGCUGGCGCAAAUGCCCGCUCUCCUCGGCGGGCCGGGCUCUGGCUGCUGGACUUAGGGGCGGCUCGCUGGGCCCGCGCCGGCGCCUCCCCCAUGCUGCUUGGAGCGUCCUGGCUGUGCGCGUCCAAGGCGGCGGCCACCGCAGCUCCGGGCGAGGGCGAGGACAGGCAGGGUGAGCAGCAGAGGGGGGCCCAGGCGAGGACUGAAGAGGAUAUGGACGAGUCAUCGCUGCUGGAUUUGUUGGAAUGCUCCGUGUGCCUGGAGCGCCUAGACACCACGGCCAAGGUGUUGCCAUGCCAGCACACCUUCUGCCGACGCUGUCUGGAGAGCAUCGUGUGCUCGCGCCACGAGCUACGCUGUCCCGAGUGCCGCAUCCUGGUGGGCUGCGGUGUGGACGAGCUGCCCGCCAACAUACUGCUAGUGCGUCUGCUGGAUGGCAUCCGUCAGAGGCCCCGCACGGGCGCCAGCCCCGGGAGCAGCCCUCCCGCGCGCCCGGGUCCUGGUACGUUCUCAGCGCUUGCUGGCGGUGCUGGAGGGGCGACAGGCAGUCCCCCACGUUCUCCGGUGUUUCUCUCAGCCGCGGCAGGAAGCUCUACCUCCAGUUUGUGCGACUUGGCGACUAAUAGGAGCGUGCCAGUGGCUAAGAAUCUAUCCCAGCUUCCCUAUGCCAAGGCCCUCUACAGCUAUGAGGGGAAAGAACCCGGUGACCUCAAGUUCAACAAAGGGGAUAUCAUCAUCCUGCGGCGCAAGGUUGACGAGAAUUGGUACCAGGGUGAGCUGCAGGGCACGCAUGGCUUCCUCCCAGCCAGCUACAUCCAGUGUGUGAGGCCCUUGCCGCAGGCUCUGCCCCAAGGCAAAGCACUUUACGAUUUUGAGAUGAAGGACAGAGACCAAGACAAAGAUUGUCUGACCUUCACUAAGGACGAAAUCUUAACUGUGAUCCGGAGAGUGGAUGAUAACUGGGCCGAAGGCAUGCUAGGAGACAAGAUCGGCAUCUUCCCUCUCCUGUACGUGGAGCUCAACGACUCUGCCAAGCAACUCAUUGAGAUGGACAAGCUGUGCCCCGCCGCCACCACUGCAUACAACUAUGAUGCCCCCUUGCCCUCUGACCCCAGCACCGUAGCCAGCGUGGCCCCAGGACCCACCCUAAGUAGCUCAGGGGCAGUCAGUGCCUUUCAACGACGCGUGGACAGCAAGAAGAAUGCCAAGAAGCGCCACUCCUUCACUGCGCUCAGUGUGACGCACAAAUCCUCACAGGCUGCCAGUCAUAGGCACUCCAUGGAAAUUAGUGCCCCGGUGCUGAUCAGCUCCAGCGACCCACGUGCCGCAGCCAGGAUUGGGGAGCUUGCCCAUCUGUCCUGCACUGUACCUACCCAGGACUCCUCUUCAGGUGGACCUGUCCCCACAGCACUCCCACGAGCUGCCGCGGUGGCUGGAGAACAGGGCAUGCCUCCCAAAGUCCAGCUGCCCCUCAACGUGUACCUGGCUCUCUAUGCAUACAAGCCGCAGAAGAAUGAUGAGCUCGAGCUACGCAAGGGGGAGAUGUACCGUGUGCUCGAGAAGUGCCAGGACGGCUGGUUCAAGGGGGCUUCACUAAAAACCGGCGUCUCGGGGGUAUUCCCUGGGAACUAUGUGACACCCGUCUCCAGGGUUCCUGGAGGAGGGGCUGGGUUACCCUGGAAUAAUGUGCUUGGAGGGUCUCCAUUGGCCAAGGGCAUGGCCACCAUUAUGCACCCUGGAGGUGGAAGUCUGAGCAGCCCAGCUACUGCCACCAGGUCUGCGCUGCCUCUCACCACACUACAGGAUCAUAUGCAGCACCCAGCCACCCCGCUACCAACAGGCAGCUGCCUUCGGCACGCAGCUCAGCCAACAGCCAGCCAGGCUGGGGACACCACCAUCCCAACAGCCCAGGCCCUGGACCGGCCAACUGCUACGGUGUCACCCCUGCGCACUCAGACUUCUCCAUCCCGCCUGCCCAGCACCAGCCUCCGACCCCGCUCCGUGGCAUCCCCACAGCACGGCCAGCAGUCCCCGGCACAGAUGUGUCCCCGGCCAGCCAUCCCUUUCACAUCAGCGGCCUCCGCCAUCACUCCCCCCAACGUCAGUGCCGCCAACCUCAGCGGGGAGGUCGGAGGGACACCCAUCAGCGGCCUGCCCACACCCAUCCCCAUCAACUCGGGGUACAAGCCAGAUGACAAGAAAAAUGAAAAGAAGGAGAAGAAGAGCGGGCUGCUGAAGCUGCUGGCUGGAGCCUCGACCAAGAAGAAGUCACGCUCCCCGCCAUCUGUAUCUCCAACCCACGACCCCCAGUCGGCCAUGGAUACCUCACUGCAGGGUGCCAUGGGUCCUGAAGUGUCCCCAUUGACCGUCCAUGGCAGGGCAGGCUCCUGCCCCAUAGAGAGUGAGAUGCAGGGUGCCAUUGGGUUGGAGCCGCUGCACAGGAAAGCAGGCUCCUUGGAUCUGAAUUUCUCUUUGUCCCCUUCUCGGCAAGCAACUCUGUCCAUGGCUUCCAUUCGCCCUGAACCUAAGCCACUGCCCAGAGAGAGGUACCGUGUGGUGGUCUCCUACCCUCCGCAGAGUGAAGCGGAGAUCGAGCUAAAGGAAGGUGAUAUCGUCUUCGUGCACAAGAAGCAUGAAGACGGCUGGUUCAAGGGGACGCUGCAGCGGAAUGGCCGCACGGGUCUCUUCCCAGGCAGCUUUGUGGAGAGCUUCUGAGGCCCGUUGCUCAUGGCCAGCUUCGGCUGUCCAGGAGAGAGCAGAGGACACCUUAUCACCUAGAUCCGAGAGAGAGAGAGGUUCUUUCUAAAGCACUGGCCAGAAACAAGCCGACUCGGGUGAUGACUCAGUUGUUAAGGCCACGUUAUCACAUGAAGUCCUUAUUGGACGCACACAUGGGCCGUGGCGUGUUUGUGAAGGAAGACCAUCCCCUCAUGUGACGUCCUACUGGAAGCACAUGUGGGUGUCCUUCAUGACCACGCCACGAGUCGGAGUGAACAAAUAGCACAGAAAACGUUACCUACGUGGACAAACGCACCUACGAUGCCACCCAGAGGCUAAAGUGUUAUUAGCUGUCUGUGUAUGGUUGGGAGCCCAGGAGGAUACAGAGUGGGGCCACGUGCUAGGGCUGACAGCAAGAAGAGCAGCUUCCCUGCCUGCCCUGGGUAUCAUUCCUCUAUAUACCUCUGUCACCUGCCAUCGGGCCCCACAGCCAGGGCAUUCGUGGUUCAGGAGCCUCAUAGAAGGGCUGUGAGUCUCCCAAGGUGUCCAGUGGGGCCCUGUGGGGCACCGGAGCAGAAUCCUCGUGUCUUUGUCUCCUAAUGAGUAGCACCAUCCGGUUCCAUCGAGGCUGUCUUCACAUUGCUUCCUUCUUAUGGCACACCUUUUUAAUGUACAGCUCUUAGACUUUAUAUAUUUCUAAUCGGUCAGACGCUGCAUAUUUUUCAUACAUCUGGUGCUGAUUUUUUGUAAAACUAGAAACCAACCUGGGUAAGCUUCAAGGGGGGUAAAAAAAAAAAAGGAGGUACAUCAAAGGAAAGCUUUC